CGCCAUUUUAAAGUCGGUGUUCGUGUAAAGCAAAAAUGUAUUUAAAAAUAUAAAGUAUAGCAGCUCUUUAUUUGAAGUCAUAAAAAAAUAUAGUUCUUGCUGGUAUAUCAGUUAUGAGUGACUUUUCUUCCAAUACGGUUUGUUAUAGCUAGUCAGCAGCAGCGGUUUACAUGUGUAGUAAAAUGUCGCUAUGUUUCUAACGCAUUUUAUAAUAGCAGUUCCUUACCAUUCUUGUAACGAGAUGAUAACUAUAGUCUGGUUGUCUACAGUCCAUAUUUGUCUACAAUCAUCAGUAAGCAAAAAUGAGCAAAAUCUUUUUCAGUUAUAAGAAUACAAACCAAUUAAAAUAAUUGCCUGAAUGUCUAAUGCUUAACAAACAGUUUAGGUCUGGUCAGAUGCACAGGUAUGUGAGUAUUUAAAUAAAAUGGUUUGGCUUCCGGGAUACUGAAUAUAUCCCGUUUUGAUUCAACUCGCUUCCGUAUUCACGUAGUAGAAGUUAUGCAUUGUCGAAUACAGGGAAUGUGGAGAGAUGAUCUUUUUACCUUGGGUAUCGCAGCGACGCAGAAACGAGGCCCCCAAGUCAUUUGAGCGUGGAGUAGAAGGUGUGACGAAUGGAAAUAGUUUCAGUUUGUAAGUUGUUUGAGGCUUGCUUAUUUUUGAACGAACUUCUAUACAAGUUUUUACGCAACGUGCAGGUAAAGCAGUAUCACUUAAUUGAUUUAGUUGUUUAAACGUUGUUUGGAUAUAAUAGAGAUCAAUUUACUGCACGAAACAAAUUCAGAUCUUCGAACAAAAUCUUAUUAACUAGGUAACAAAAUUUGCAAUCCGUUCCAAUUCAAAUUCCAGGAGUAUAUACUAAGAUACAUUAUUUAAUAUAAGAUAUAAAAUAAUACCAAGUUUGGAAUAAAUAUAAUGCGAAUGUGAAAUAAAAAGUUUUAAAAUUCCGUAAACUUGACUUAGAUGCUAUAUUCAGUCAAUGAUCAGUUAACCCCUAUAUACCCAGUUACACGCGAUGAUUAAUCGAAAGUACGGUACCUGACGGACAAAAUGGGUGAAUGCAAACAACAAUCACUUGGGCGAGUGAGUACACGUUUAACUACGUCCUUUGUUAAACCAAAACGCUUCCAAAAACGUACUCAGAGCAAAUAAAAAACCACCAAGCAAUGCCGUAAGGUUGGGGAGAAACUGUGAAAUCAAUCAAUUCACUGUAGAAAAUGUCCUUUUUGAAAUGUUUCCAAUUAUAUAGCGUUGCUAAGUUGUGCUGUAUUUCACCGUUUAACUUACAGUUGCUGAUGGCACUUCACUACUUUAAGUUUUAGAGUUAGAUCGCGAAAAGCAAACAAAUAGUACGUAUACGUAGAGACCAGUAAUGUAAAUAAUCUUUACAAGUUCGAAUAAGAAGUGUAAGGUGUAGUAAAUAGGAAUAGGAAAUUUCUGUGUAAUGUAAGGAACGAGGCCUGGAGGAAACCGCAAGACUUAUCAUCGUUUGAGGAUAACCUUUAGUUCACAGGGAAAUUGGAUUUGGGAGACUGCGACUCGCUGAUUGAUCUGUUAGGUUGUAUUUACACAGAUUUCUCAUAGUUGUUUCGUAGUAGAAAAUGUGCCGAUUCAGUGUCUGAAACAACUUUCGAAUACGUAGUGCUCAUAAGUUUAACCAAAUUCGCUACGACGAGGUAUUAUUUUUUUCAAACUGUUGAUUGGAUGUUUUAUUACUCUGGUAUACAUGACAACAGCUAGAAAGAAUUUCAUAUAUAUCGUGUCUAAUUGACCCACCUGCUCGCGAGAGAUUGUAAAAUAUUUGUGCAUGUUAUUCAUUGCCUCAGCAACUUUCGAGUGCUACUAAGAUUGUUAGUGCGUAACUAUUUAUAAAUUUAGCAAACAUGUAUAUUAUUGAGAACUGUUGUUAAAACAAAAAUUUCUGCAAUAUUAGAUUUGAUACUUCACAACGAGUCCAGACAGUAGAAACGGUUCGAUUCAAGGAUGGGCCUCUUCGAGGUACACGAAAAAUAUUCCUCACAGUCCUGGAAAUUAUGUGUAUAGGAAUUAUAUCAGUUUAUUUUACUCAAACAGGAUGUUUAUCACGUAGUCAAUACAAUUACCGAAUUGUUGUUUUUACAUUGAUUCCACCCAUUCAUUGUUGUCGAAGCCGUUUAAUAUUAUUCACAAUGAGGACUAUAUUUUUACUACGAUCGAGACAAAGAACUAAAUGUAUCGGAUUCGCAUUCAUUUGCUUCAUUGUUUACGUUUACAUGUUUCUUUGGACUAGUCAGGAACUUCAGCCACAAAUAUCAGAUGUUGAAGCAGUACACAAACAAAAUAUAAUUGACAUUUCCGGUAAUAUAAGAUCACCUGUACAAGAUCCAGUUUUGAAAGACGAAAACGUCACUUUUCAAGUCCAUCCGGAAGAUCCAGCCGGAUAUUUUGUUGGACUUCAUCAUUCAAAUUUCGAAAAAAUAGUAAAUCCUCCUGGACAUAAACCAACUAUACUUAUAUGGCAUCCUCCGUUUGGCUCGAAAACAAACUAUCUCGCAAACCCAGAAGUAUGCGGAGGGGACGUUGAUUGCCUUAUCACAUACGACAGAAAUUUGCUCAACGACAGCGGUGCUAUCGUUUUUCACUUCGGUGGUGCCAGACGAGAAGCUAUGCCGCCUUUCAGAAAACCAGAACAGCUUUACUUAUGGUGGACUGGAGAAAAGAAUCAUGGGUCUCAGUUAACAGAAUUUGACAAUUUUUUCAAUCUAACAUUUACAUAUCGAUCUGAUUCUGGAAUAUACGCUCCUUAUGGAAGCACUAAUCUUAUUUUACAAGAACUACGUGAAGCGAACGAUUUAGAUCUCGAAGCUUUACUGGAAAAGAAAAGAAAAAGUGGGAAGAUCGCAGCCUGGGCGGUAAGCAAUUGCGGAGUACAUCGCAGAAUGGAUCUAGCCAAAAGUAUUAUGAAUAAAGGUUUACAGGUAGACACUUUCGGUCGAUGUUUUGGAGGUCGUCAAAUAGGCGCAGGUACAUAUUCAGCGUCAUUUUACGAAGCGCUUUCUAGCUACAAAUUUUAUUUUUCAUUCGAAAAUGGAUAUCACUGCAAAGAUUAUAUGACUGAGAAGUUUUGGUUCAACGGCCUUCGGUCUGGUGCGGUUCCUAUUGUGCACGGUGCUAAAAAGGAAGACGUUGCCGCGGUCGCACCAAAAAAUUCUUUUAUCCAUGUAGAAGACUUUGAUAAUGUGGAUGAACUUGUAAAAUAUCUUCAAUAUUUAUCAAAUAAUGAAACGGCAUACAGAAGACAUUUAGAAUGGAGAACGUGGGUAGCACAUCCUGAGCUAAUGGAAGAGCGUUUAAAACCUCACAACAGAGACAAUGAUUUACGCAGUUUUUGUAAGUUGUGUAGGAUUUUGCAAGAGGAGGAAGAAGCAGACAGGCAGGGUAAGAAAAGGAGGCAAAUGAUUGUUCCUUCAAUGAACGAAUAUUGGUGGAAAAUGGAAAACCCAGAAUGUUUGAAUGGAUGAGAGUUGGUUAAUAAUGCUCAGUGGAAAAUCGUUCACAAAAAUACCUCCAUAAUCAUUUUUAUGAGGCUGAUAAUGUUUGAUAAAAAGAUGGGUGAUUUCUUAUUCAAUAUACAUGCAAAAUUCAAAUUUAUUUUAUUUUCCAGAAUAACUUUUCAUGGCAUCGAGCCAUGCAUGUAUUUAGUUGCCAUCUGCGUAUAUUUUUUAAACUUAUUAAAAUGGCGGAAAAGUUGGUGUUCUUUUGUGUUGUAUUUGAGCGACGGCGGAUGAAAUUUCUAUUUUUUAUAUUGUGUUCGUAAUUUCGAAUUUCUUUUGCCUUUUUCUUCAAAGCAUUAUGUCACCUGUCCAUUUCUAAAAUGACCAAAACUACUGUUCCAUAAUCAUUGCCACUCGGUCAAUUAAAAACAAGUAGGGGUUCUUUGCUUACUACUUGCCUUGAAGUCGACGAAUUUUACCUUAAAGGCAUGGGUGAUAGAAAAAAUAACUCAAUUAUCCAUUACAGUUUUAUUGAAUUAAAUAGUGUUUGCGACGAUGAGUCGAUGGGCCAACUCUUAAUCGACUGACUUCGUAUUUAAACAAUUUAUCUGCUCAAUAAUUUUACUUCAUGGAAUAUUUCAAAUGGUUUUGUUAUUGUUAUGCAAUGCGAUAAUGUAUGAAAGCUCAUUCAGCGUAUGCAACUCGUGCCAAGCAAACAAGUAUAUACCAAGAGCGAAUGAUAUUAUAUAUUUGUAUUAAAAUUCAAUAAUUUA